AUGAUUGCAGUCGUUUUGGAUCUAGCUGUUAUGGGUAAAGAGUUUAUUACUACUCAUUUGGAGCUUACCACUUCCACAGAUAAUAUUAGAAAGACUGAAACGCAAACAGCUGUUUUGGAACCAAGUUGCCAUAAAAAGAUUUGUGAGCAACCAAAUGUUGAAAGAUCUUCUAAAAAGCCCUUGAGAACCAAAGUUCAUUCUUAUGAUAGAACAGAACCAAUUGAUGAUGAUGUUAUAAUGCAUAUUUUGAGGCUUCGAGGCAAACUUGGCUGGCAAACCAAGUUACCAUCAUGUGAAUUACUAGCUAGAGAGGCUGAUAAACCUUUACUGCUAAAAGAUAGUGGGGAAUAUAUAUAUUGUCUUCAACGGAACAGGGACAACCUUACAGCUCCCUACAACCCAUACGAUUUACAGGCUGUCUCUACGAAUACAGCUAUGCAAAGCAAAGAAUAUUGGACUGUUACAGCUUCAUUUGUGUCUAAGGUGUGA